CAAUUUCAUUCGCUCUUCGCUUUACGCAAUAAGGUGCCGUAUACACCCUACGUAUUUGUUAAAACUUUAAUAAAAUAUCGUGCAAAAUGUUGCGAUUUAUGGGAGAACGAGCAGCCUCCGCUGUAAGGAAGUCCAUAACACCACGUAACACUGCUGUCAUAACUCAGACCUUCCGUGCUUCCCACGAUGGACCUCAGGAGAGCGAGGAAGAAUUCAAUAAAAAAUACAUUGAUUAUCUAAAUCGUCCGCAACUUGAUAACUGGGAAAUCCGACAAGUUAUUACCAAAUUGACUGGUAUGGACCUUGUACCGGAUCCUUCGAUCAUUUGUGCAGCUUUGAGAGCCUGCAGACGGUUAAAUGAUUUUGCUCUUUGCAUAAGAAUUUUAGAAACUGUUAAGGACAAAUGUGGAUCUAAACAAAAAGAAAUUUACCCUUACAUUCUGCAAGAAAUCAGGCCCACUUUAGAUGAAUUAGGCAUCAGCACACCAGAGGAGCUGGGUUAUGAUAAACCUGAAUUGGCCCUACAGUCAGUUUAUGACAUACAUUAAGCUAAAAGCUGAACAGUGAACAUAGUAUUUAUAUAUAGAAACUUUCUAUCGAACUGUUCAUAAACGAGUAUACAAUUAUUCUGGGAAUCGAGAUAAAAAUAUAAUUAUUAUUAUAUUCCUGUUAUUAAAUACUGAUUUAAAUAAAUACGAAUUGCCCUAA